AUGGGAUCUCCAUUAACUUUCGCUUUAAGCCCAAACUUUUCCUCAUGCCGUCUUCUCACAUUUUUCAUCAGCACCCUUCUCCUACUAUAUGCCAACAAAGUCGUCAUAGCAGAGAAUCAUAAAGCUUCAUCAUCAAAUGCUUGUGCUCAAACCUACGUCGCAAAUGCAUGUAACUCAACACUGUACUCGGAGGAUUGCAAAAAAUCACUCAUGCCCUACGCCACCAAAAUCGAAUCCGACCCCAAAAGGCUAUGCAUUUACUCUCUCGAUGUUGCCCUAGCCGCCGCCCGCGACGCCUACAAGACGGUCGUAAAGAUUGGGAAAACGAAAGAGUUGACGACGGCGGAUAGGAAAGUCAUUGCGGAUUGCAAAGACAACCUCAAGGGCUCAGUAGAAGAGCUCCAACAGUGCAAGAAUGCCCUGGACAGCAUCAACAGCAGUAAUGCGACGUCGUCCGAUGAGGCCAAAUUCCAAACGGACAAUAUAAAGACAUGGGCCAGCGCCGCCUUAACGGAUGAUACCACGUGUGGAGAUGAGAUCGAUGAAGAGAAGGUAGGCCCAGCCAUGAAGAAGAAACUCGAUGCUUCUGUUACUCUAGUCUCCAGAUCAGCCAGUAUUCUUCUGGCUAUUGUUAAUGGUUACUGCAGUACGUAUUAAUUUACUAAACCCUAGCCUCUCCUAGAAUUUCUUGUGAUCGAUUCGCCUCUUGUAAUUAUUAUUGUUUUAAAAUUAUUAUUUGUGCAGUUUCAUAUGAAAGUUUUGCUAUGCAGAUCUGCUUUAUGUUGGUUUACGCCACUAAGUGGU